AUUUGAACCGUUUAUAUUGAAAAAUCUAUAAUAUACGAGCCACACAAGAAAAGUACACUGACCAGAUGAUCGUUUACAUCACCAUAUGUAGAUGAAUUUAGAACAACGAAAGAAAGCUUUCAAUGACUCGCAUUCAACUCUACAAGUAAAAGUUUAGGAUAAUCAAAGAAGCAUACCUAUAAAAACACAAACCUUAUCAUGGUACUGAAAAUAAUAUGGACGGUUCAGAUCAUCGUACCAUCUCAGCAUGUAGCCCCCAAGUGGGCGACACACGUUAGAUCCUGAGUCUCAUCAGAGGUAAAACGAACUCCCUGUACACCCAUAUAUAUCGCUGCUUGCAUCCUCAGACCAAAAAAUGCAGAAAAAGAGAGCGAAGAGAAGAUGAGAAGCCCGCCAGCAACAUCAUCAUCGACUGCGUCGGCCAUGGCCAGCAAGACCACACCUUGCUGUAGCAAGGUGGGCCUGAAGAGGGGCCCAUGGACGCCCGAAGAAGACUCGCUACUCUGCAACUACAUAGCCCGGGAGGGAGAGGGCCGGUGGCGGACGCUACCGAAGCGAGCAGGCCUACUCCGAUGUGGCAAGAGCUGCCGCCUACGGUGGAUGAACUACCUCCGCCCGUCCGUCAAGCGCGGCCAGAUCGCACCUGACGAGGAAGAUCUUAUCAUACGCUUGCACCGACUACUCGGAAACCGGUGGUCUCUGAUAGCUGGGAGGAUUCCAGGCCGUACGGAUAAUGAGAUCAAGAACUACUGGAAUACCCACCUUAGCAAGAAGCUGAUCAGUCAAGGGAUCGAUCCGCGGACACAUAAGCCCAUGAACCCUGACCCUAAUAUCCAUGCACCAGCAUCUACCGAACCCAACCCUAACCCUAAUUCUUCUGGUUCACAGGGAGGAGGUGAGAAUUCUGAACAUAAAGAUGGGACUACCAACCUGGAUGGGGAUGGUGGGGGUUGGAUCUUGCGCGACGACGAGGUAGAUGAGAAUUGGCGGAAUUACGAUGUGCCAGGAGGCAUGAGUCUUGAAGAUGAUGAUAUGGGUUGCUGCACCGAGGAUGUAUUCUCUUCGUUCUUGAAUUCAUUGAUCAAUGAAGACAUGUUUUUACAGCAGCAGAUUGUGGCCGAACCAUUGGAUCAUUUAGUUCCUUCGACGCCAAGUUUCGGCUUCCACACUUAUUGGGAAGCUGCAGUUUCGUCUCCUGCAGUUGUAAACGAAGACUACUGCAGGCGAGAUGAUGAUCGGGCCGGUUGAUGAGCAGUUCUAAAUGAUCUGCAGAUGGUAUCGGCACUAAAUGAAUUAGAGAUUUGUGGUAAUUUAUAUGUAUGUUAUAAAUUCAUAUUUUUUCCUCGUUUUUGAUAAACUGUUAUGUAUUAGGUUGUGUGGACAUGAA